AUGGCGAGAGCCGCCCGCGCGCUGGUCCUGGCGCUGGUCCUGGCCACCGUCCGGGCCGAGCCGGGCAACGAUACCGAGACGGCCAACCCCACGCUGAUGGUGCACCACCUCACCACCGCUGAGCCCCUGAUUCUAACCACCAUGGCGCCCAGCACCGCGCUGCAGACCGCCACCCCCGAUUCCACCGCCGGGCCCCCCGAGACGAGCACCAAGCCCACCGCCGCCCUGCUCGGGGACACGGAGCCCCCGUCCUCCCCCACGUCCACCGGAGCCACAACGGCCCCCAGCACCGCCCUGACCUCGUGGCCCACCACCCUCGAGACCACCAGCACGGCUCUGACCUCGCCGCCCACCACCCCCGAGACCACCAGCACGGCGGGCGCAGACACCACCUCCACCGCCGGCUUCUCCCCCACCAGCUCCGGGCCGCCCACUUCUCCGGAGACGACCGCGGCGCCCCCCGCUGGCCUGCCCGGAGACACCACCGCCGACGCCUCGACGGAGAGCACGACGACGGCGAGCACGACGACGGCGGCCACGACGACCGCGGCCACGACGACCAGCCGCGUCAGCUCCACGACGCCUGAAGUCGCUCCCAGCACCGCCGCCUCGGGGGCCGCCGGCGCCGGCACUGCCCCCGUCAGCAGCCUCUUGCUCUGGAUCGUUGUGGCCGUACUGGUGGGGGCCGUCCUGCUGGUGGGGUGCGUGGCCGCGGGGGUGUACGUGUGCAAGCGGCGCCGGAGCGGCUCCACGACGUUCCCGGGCGCCUACAGCGGGGGGCGCCAGAGCAGGAAGCACAAGGGCGGCCAGGACGUCUGGGCCGCGCCCAUGCCCGACAAGGAGGAGAACGGGGGGCCGGCGGGGGACGAGGACGCGGAGGCCGGCCGCGGGAAGGGCCCCGAGGGGGACAAGGAGGCGGGGGACCCCGGGGCCCUCAGCACCUUCCUCAACCGGGCCGGCUCGCGGCCCACGUCCGGCGCCCAGCCGGAGGGCGUGAGCGUGGAGCUGAGGGAGGAGGGCGCCGCGCGGGGGGAGGCGCAGCCCCUCCUGGGUCCCGACCCCGGCGCCCCCCUGGAGAACGGCCAGGGGCCGGCGCCGGCCCCCCUGCCUGACUCCUCCGCCCUGCCUCCUCCCCCGCCGGCCGAGCAGGGGGGCGACGGGCUCUCCCCGACUUUCUGUCUGACCUCCUCUGUGUGA